AACAGGUAAAGAAAACCGUGUAGUAACAGAAUGAAACUUGGCAAGAAAUAUUCAUCCCAUGCGUUUUACAAAUUAUAUAAUCACUUAUUUGCGUCGCCAGUGCCACACUAAAGCUUUUUAAAUAUUAUAGGUUGCGAUGGUAAACAGUGCUUAUAAGUGACCAGAAAUGUAUUGACACAUUCAAGAGUCCACGUUUGGAAGACUUCUCUCACCCUCGACUGGUUAGAAGGGACUAGACCAGCCCCUGAUGACAUCACUUCUCCUCCGGCUCUCAGACUCGGGGUUGAGGCUGGGUUGUCACAGUCACCCGGGGUGGGCGGCUGCAAUGUGGAGCACCAUCCCGGCAUCUCCUCAAACCCUUACGCCCGAGCGCUUACCUCCCGGAUAGCUGACGGGCUCCACGAUGGCAGAAGAGAGCAGGGGCAAGCGGAGGAAACAGGCGAACCCCAAGAGAAACCAGGUCAGUAUUGAUAAGUUACACGCGCUGGGAUCCGAAGGGGAAGAUGAGUGUAUCCCCUGGGCUACGGAAGGACAGAACCUCUAUAAGGCUGGGGGUCAGGGUGAGAGUACCCUGAUGCCAACCGAGGGCACCGAGUCACACAGCCCCAUCCUGCACGGCCGCUCUGCCAGCCUCAGCCCAGACCACCACUGGCACGGGGAGGAGAGAAACACCCCCAGCAGGUGGGAUCAAACCUCGCUGGUUUAUGGUCAGGGUGAAGAGACCCAGGGUCUGACCGGUCUGGCUGAUUACGACAUCCUGCUUCAUCUCGCCCGGGGUCCAGGCAUAGACCUCCAGCAGCACAAUGGGGACACGCCUCGGCACCGCUGCUCCCCGGGGGGGCACGGCUCGCCCAGCGGCCAAGAGAUGGGUCCGGCCAGCCCAGAUGCAGUGGGGGUGCCGUUAGCCUGCCCAUUCUGUCAGCGCACAUACCAGCGCGACUCCUCCCUGCGGGAGCACAUCCGGUUCUGCCACGAGCGGGACGGUGGGCGGCUUGUCUGCCCGCUGUGUGGCGUCAGCGCCACCUACAGGGAGCAGAUGGAACAGCACAUGUUGAUGCACACCAACCCACCGGGAAAGUUCCCAGUGUUCGACAACACCAUGGAGAACAGAAGGUUUAAAUGCAUACAGUGUGGAAAAGCCUUCAAGUACAAGCACCACCUUAAGGAGCACCUGCGCAUACACAGUGGUGAGAAGCCAUAUGAAUGCUCCAACUGUAAAAAGAGAUUCUCCCAUUCGGGGUCCUACAGCUCUCACCUGAGCAGCAAGAAGUGUCUGAGUGGGGGGGCGGGGCCAGGGGCGGGGUCAGAGGUGCCAAACGGACAGACAUACACCACUUACCUCAACAACUCCUCCCCCACCUCGCCGUCAGUCGGCGGGGGGCGGAAUGGCAAGAGGGGCUCCCUGUUCCCAUUCCAGGCACAGUCAGAUGCACUUCCCAGGGAGGCCCCGGGGCCCCAGGAAGGCGGAGUGGUAAUGCUCAGGGGCCAGGACCCAGGGAGAGCCUGGGACACAGCUGCGGAGCUGCCUUACCACGCUGCCCUUUUGGCCCACCUGCCCCCCGGGGGGAAGUUUGAGCACAUGCUGCAGGAGGCGCUGCGGAGGGGGGCACGGGGAGCCGAGGAGGGCGCUACGGGAGAGGACAGAGGGCGGGGUCAUGAAGGGGCCAGACAGGGUGAGACGCCGGGCAGUGGCGUGACAUGCAACUGGUGUGCACAGCUCUUUCCCAGCUCCGCCGUCCUGCUGCAGCACGAACGCUACCUCUGCGCCAUGAACAGAGACAUCACAGAGACCCUCGAGGGGCUCCGCCGUGCCGCCUCCCCCCGGGCCUUUUCCAGGCCCUCCACACGACCACGGGAACCCCGCAGGGCCACCAACGGCUUCUCUGAGGAGGAGAGGUCACCGCUGGCAAGAUCAACAUGGCACGGGUUCCCUGGACAGCCGCUGGGUUCCACCCGCUCCCCCCUGGCGCCCCUCCCCAGCUCGCUGGCCUCUCAGCCACUCUGGCCUUGUUCGAGGUCCAGCAGUCCGGCUCACCGGGGCGCCCUGCAACCCCCCUCACCCUCUAUCUCGGAGCAGAGGGCCAGCUCCACCUCAGGAUUCUCUCCGCCGCCCCUUUGCCUGGAUCUAUCCGCCAGCACCUCCCCCUCUGGCCGGCCGGCUCCGCCAGUCUGGACCCCUGGCUCUGCCGGUUCCCAGAACGAGCCCCUGGAUCUCUCGCUGCCCCGGCUGCGGCCAGGCCCCCAGGAAGAUAGAGGGCACAGCAGGACUCCGGGAAAGGAGAAGGAAUGUCCCGGCAGCCAUCACAAAGGACUGACUCUGCCUCUGCACCCGCCAGCAGGCGUCGGAUACACUGUGACGCCGUUAUUCGGGAGUUCCAUUUACGGCGCGGCACACCCCUUCUUCAGCCCCCCCCUGGCUCCCAGCAUCGGCGGUACGGCGUACAAUGGGCUCCCAGUCCUCACGUCCCCCAUGGCCUACAUCCGGGAGUCGGACACGGAAUCCAUGCUCAAGAAGAUCCAGCAGGAACGGCAGACAUUAAUGGGUGAGACGCUGAGCCGGAACUGCCUGGACUACUUGUCGGUGAUGGAGGACGGGUUCGAGGGAGGCGACGGCCCGGGCAGAAAGAGGCUGAGGAAGACAGACGAGGGGCUCUACGCCUGUGACAUUUGCGAGAAAACCUUCCAGAAGAGCAGCUCCCUUCUGCGGCACAAGUACGAGCACACAGGUCGGCGUCCACACGAGUGCAAGGUGUGCAGGAAGGCAUUCAAGCACAAGCACCACCUGAUCGAGCACUCACGCCUGCACUCCGGCGAGAAACCGUACCAGUGCGAUAAGUGCGGAAAGCGUUUCUCACACUCGGGCUCCUACUCGCAGCACAUGAACCACCGCUACUCCUACUGCAGCCGCGACCUCGAUGUCAGCGAGCUUCCUGGUGAGGAGGUGCCACCACCAGGGGGCGCUGAGCCCUGCCGGCCCCUGGAUUUGGGCCUGUCCUUAGCGGGGGCCCCUGCCUCCCUCAGCGAUUCCAGCCUGGACGGGGCCACCGGUGUCCCUAGGGAGGAGGAUGACGAGGAGGAGGAAGAGGAGGGGGAGCAGCGACACCGGAACAACUACACGGAGGGGAGGGCUGCGGUGCUGGACGAGGGGAUCCAGCCCACAGAUGCGUCUCUCCCUGUGGGAGAUGAGGAUAUGUGUGGUGAGGGCAGCAGUGUGGGAAGUAGUGGCCCAGAGGAGCUGGAGGGAGCUAGUGGGAGCGAGAACACCAGUAACUGAGACCAGUACAAGGCAAAUGUAGCAGGGGAAUGCAGUGGGAGUGACUGCAAGCUAGGAAAAUAAAAAUGACAGGAACAAAAUGACAACAGGAGGUGCACAGUCCAUAAAAAGGAGGGAAUGUUCCAGAACAUUGCUGGGGGGAAGCUUCUUUAAAUGGAUGCAAGGAUGGUGGCUUGGAGAGGAGGGGAGGCCACACAGCAUUUUCCUGGAAUCAAAGAAAGCUUCUGGGCUGGUUAAAACAGCGGGAGGUGAGAAUCUCCCAGUCCCCACCCAAGUCCAAGUGGACACCCCAACUCACGCACAGAGUUGGGCAAGAAAAGACUUUAGAUACCAGAACCUACCCUCUGGUCCACGCUGCUGGUUAGGAAACAGAGAACAUUUCUGAUCACGGCAACACAGCUGGACUCUCUGCCAAAAGGAACAAACAGGAAUACGAUUUUUUUUUUUCCUUCACUUUUUCAUGGAAUGCAAAUGCAUUGUUUCGUAGUUUGUCAUAUUCAUAGGACAUUUUUGUUUUAUAAACUCAGCAGAACUAAUUUCUUAGGUGGAAGUUAAAUUUGAUGAUAUAGUCAUCGCAGGGGUUCGUUUAUAACAUUUAAGCCAUAUAAAAAGACAAUCACUUUAAAAAACAAAAUCACGGCACGUAACUCUACACUGAUUUUUUUCUGAGAAAUUCCCUAAAAUGUGAUAUAUAUAUAUAUGAUUGAUAAAAACAUAAAUAUUAAUUAGCACUUCGUUUGUCGCACAAAACUCGGUGACAAAUGCUAGACAGAAACAUUUCUGACAAACAUCCUGCCACAUCAGAUCGGAAAGAGGGGUAUUCCCACCGAGAAGGACCCGCGCGCCCCUCAGCCUCAGAGGUGAUGCAACAGUCCCUGUCACUCCGUCGCACUUCUCACAGAUCUGCUGUGCCUUACUUUCAUUUCGCUCCUACCGCCCCUGCUCCCUUAUUACAUCGCAUUUGAUGCGUUUUAAAACGAAUCCGUGUUGAGCAAAACACGGAAAGGGAACAGAGCUGUUAUAUUUUUUUAGUAUGUUCUUUCUGAUAAAUUACGCGACCGUGCAUUAUAUUGCAUUUCAGGAACAGCCACUGAUAAUCGGUGCUGUCGAUUAUUUUACUGUAAUGUCUCUCUCUCUCUCAUUCACGCUCACACACCGGUUUAGGGAAGCUGACAAAAUCCCAGUUGUGAAAUACACUGUCAUCUGUUUAGGACGUGACACGGUUUUGCUGUUUUUUAACCUAAGCAAAGUUCUUGCCGGUUGAUUCGUGCCCGGCUUCAAGUGCAAUUGUCUCUGCAACUUGGGCCCGCAUCGCAACGCCAUUAUAACUGAUCGUUUAUACGAAAUGAAGAUCGCCAUCGAUCGGACGCUGUCGCACAGCGUUCAGGGUACCGAGCAGGGGGAGCGAGAAAUAAUUACAGCCUUUAUUCGCCAGCCAUGAGCCAUGGCCGGGCACACAUGCGAAAAGCAAGGGAAAUAAAUAUGAAACCACAGCGACGGCUCAGGCCGGCAGGGGCGGAUGACCCGGAGGUGGAGAUGGACCUUCGGCCCGCAAACCUCAAACGCGGCGAAGGCUGUUUCCUUAUCGAGAGCAUUCUCGGAUCCGUUGUUUUUGACACUUUUAUUUAUCCCCGUGGAGAAAUUCACGUUUCGCCCACCCCAUUUUGCUCCCCAUGACACAAAGACUAUGUAGGUCUUAAAUGGGUGGUAAUUUACGGAAUAAAACACUCACCUGCUCGCAUUUAGCUGUGUAAAGGUGUCUAAGCGGGGCCAGGUGCCAUCCAGAAAAAAUGUUGGAUUAAAAUCGCAAAGGUGCUAUUUUUCUGCGUUUUUUUUUUAUAUUCACUUAUACUUGGUAUGUUUUUUUUCUUUCUAUAAAUCAUCUAUUUUGGUGACUUGAGAAAAUGACUAUUUGUAUUUUAUUUACUCCUUUUAAAAUACUUAUGCAUUGGAAAUGUUUUGUAUUUUUUAUAAAUCCUCCUGGACAUCAUUUUCUGCCAUCUUCGCUGAUGUGUUCGUGUUAUGUUUUUUGUAAAUACUUUACUUUGUAAUAAAAACGUGUAUAUAAUAUAAUGUGAAUAAGUGGCGUUUGCGUACCGCUCUGUUCUGGCGAGACCGACCGAAAACCAAAGAGGUUCUGUAAUGACAGACACAUUUGUAUUCUUGUGUUUUAAAUUUUCACCUCCCACAAAAACUCCUCUGCAAUUUCAUACCAAUUCUGAAACGGCUUUAAAACCCGAGACUGCAUACAUGAACAUUUAAGUCAAACUGUACUUUAUUAUUAACAUUUAGACCAUUAUAGUUUCAUUAAGUCACUAUACAGGCCUAUACGCAUAGGCCUAU